GCGAGGUGGUGGCUCAGGGGCCUGGACGAGCCGCGUCGCCGCUGCUGCGAGGGGCCCGAAUUUCGCCGCGGGGCCGCGUGCCGUCAGUUGUCAGGAGAUAGGCCCCUGGCUGAUCGGUCAGUAGCGAGUACGUCCCGCUCGGCCCCGCCGCUAAGCCUCCCGGGGCGGGCAGACCGGCUGGGCCGCUGUCGCCGCGGCUGAAGAGAGAAGGCGCCGGCAGGAUGAAGCUGGUGAGGAAAGACCUGGAGAAGGAUAAUGCGGGGCAGGUGACUCUGAUCCCCGAGGAGCCGGAGGACAUGUGGCACACCUACAAUCUGCUGCAGGUGGGUGACAGCUUGCGGGCCUCCACUAUCCGCAAAGUGCAGACCGAGUCGUCCACGGGCAGCGUGGGCAGCAACCGCAUCCGCACCACCCUCACCCUCUGUGUGGAGACCAUCGACUUCGACUCGCAGGCCUGCCAGCUGCGGGUCAAAGGCACCAACAUCCAGGAGAAUGAGUACGUCAAGAUGGGGGCCUACCACACCAUCGAGCUGGAGCCCAACCGGCAGUUCACGCUGGCAAAGAAGCAGUGGGACAGCGUGGUGCUGGAGCGCAUCGAGCAAGCGUGCGACCCAGCGUGGAGUGCUGAUGUGGCAGCCGUGGUCAUGCAGGAAGGCUUGGCUCACGUCUGCCUGGUUACCCCCAGCAUGACCCUCACUCGUGCCAAGGUGGAAGUGAACAUCCCCCGCAAACGGAAAGGAAACUGCAGCCAACAUGACCGGGCCCUAGAGAGGUUUUAUGAACAGGUGGUGCAGGCCAUCCAGCGGCACAUCAACUUUGAGGUGGUGAAGUGUGUCCUGGUGGCCAGCCCAGGCUUCGUUCGAGAGCAGUUCUGUGAUUACAUGUUCCAGCAGGCAGUCAAGACUGACAACAAACUUUUACUGGAGAACAGAUCCAAGUUUUUACAGGUGCAUUCAUCAUCAGGACAUAAGUACGCACUGAAGGAGGCACUUUGUGACCCAGCUGUAACUAGCCGUCUCUCUGACACUAAGGCUGCUGGUGAGGUCAAAGCCUUAGAUGACUUCUAUAAAAUGUUGCAGCAUGAGCCUGACCGGGCUUUUUAUGGCCUAAAACACGUGGAAAAGGCCAAUGAAGCCAUGGCCAUUGAUACUUUGUUGAUCAGUGAUGAGCUCUUCCGGCACCAGGAUGUGGCUACACGUGCCCGAUAUGUUAAAUUGGUAGAUAGUGUACGGGAGAACAUGGGCACAGUGCGCAUUUUCUCCAGCCUUCAUGUGUCUGGGGAGCAGCUUGGCCAGCUAACAGGGGUAGCAGCUAUCCUGCGCUUCCCUGUUGCUGAGCUCUCUGACCAGGAGGAUGAGUCUAGCUCUGAAGAGGAUUGACAACAGUGGCUUCAUUUCACAGUAUCCCUUCCAACUGACAUCAAAAUGACAUUAAAAGUCUUCCCUUCCAAAAUACUGUGUGCAGAUUUACCCUGAUAUGUCACUUAUGUUUUUGAUAGUAUUUCUUAUACUAUGUGUUUCUUCUCCCCACACAAAUUGAUGUCUAUUCUAUGGUGAAGAUGAUUGAAAUGCUGAGAUUUAGAGCUGACUGGCUUUGCAAGUUACACCCUGGAUCUCCAGCAGUACCAGAAACAGAUCUCAGUCCCCAAAGCUGCUUAUUCUUCAUGUUAAGGCAGACUGUCAGCUUAAUGUUCUGGAAUGUGUACAAAAAGAUAAUAAACUAUGAAGCAGAAAA